ACACGGGUUACCUGUGGAACAAAAUUCGAGCUUUGAAAGGACUGGUUACUAGUUUGAAUUCAACAUGGCUGCAAGACCGAAGAUUCUUCAACUCUAUCGACAGCUCCUACGGGAAGGACAGAAAUUCACAAAUUAUAACUAUAGAUUGCAUGCUAUAAGAAGAACUAGGGAUGCCUUCAAAUCAAAUAAGAAUAUCACCGAUGAAGCAUCAAUUAACAAAUUCAUAGCUGAAGCAGAGUGGAAUUUAGAAGUUAUUAAAAGACAAGCUGCUUUAAGUCAAAUGUAUGGGCAUGACAAACUUGUGAUUGAGCCAAGGAAUUGACGAAAAUUAUGCGCCAUUUUCAGGGGAAAACAUUGCAGAUUCUUGCAGAUCCUUGUCAUCAUAAAUAUGCAUAAUUAGGCAUUUUUCUUUGACAAUAUCAUAACUAUAUUUAUUACUUGUCAUGUACUAGGGCUUUAUACAGUUUAGUAUAAAUAUUGUAUGGUUUAUCUUUGUACAAUAUAUUUUAUAAAUAUAGCGCCAUACAAGUUGCUUUGUAAAUAUGAGAUGAAUAAUAUGAUUAUCCCUAAACAAAGUUGUGGGAAAGAAAUCAGUAUAUGACUGCUCAACAAAUUAAAGAUUCUUGCUACA